ACGUUUGAAGCAGCAAACUUCCCGGUUGGCGCGAGCCUGAGCAGGCGACGGCGGCGGAGACUGAGCCCGACCGUACACAUGUCGGAGCGGCGAACACGAUCCGGAGGGGCUGCCCAGCGGUCUGGGCCCAGGACUCCACUUACUAAGCCUUCGAAGUCGUCCAAGCGGAAAUCUGGCUCAGAUCUCCCGAACACGUUCCCUGAAAUCUGGCCGAGAACAACUCCAGCGGCUCCAGUCAGAAAGGCCAUCGUCUUGAAGAAGAUUGUAGCUCAUGCAGUAGAGGUUCCAGAUGUCCACACGGUUCGAAGAAGUCCUAGGAUCUCUUUUAUUUUGGAAAAAGAAAACAACCCUCCGCUCAAGGUACCCACUAAAGAGGACCUCUUCAAGACCUGUAGUGUCCCUGGGACUCCCUCCAGCACCCCCGUGCUGUGCACUCAGAAUGUUGACCCUGACUCUGGAGAAGCGGAGCUGGACACCAGAGACCUGGAAAUGUCUCAGAAAGUCAGGCGGUCGUACAGUCGGCUACAGAGCCUUGGUUGUGCCUCAACCUCCACCCCUGACCGCCAAUCCUUUGGAUUUGAGGGACCUGACGACUUGCCUGGAGUCUCACCUGUCGGGCGUUCAAAGUUAAACGAGACCCCAAAGGUACCUGCGAAACACUUGGUUCCGGAUAGAACGCUCCCUGGAAUCUCUCCCCCAGUUGUGAAAGAGAAGCGAAAGAAGAAGGUUCCUGAGAUCCCGAAAUCAGAGCUGGAUAAGUGGGCUGUGGCCAUGAAUGCUGAAUUUGAAGCUGCUGAGCAGUUUGAACUUCUGAUUGAAUGAGAUGGACUGGGAUGCCUGUCACUGAGUGGGAUGGCCUGGCUGGCUCGCCCCUCUUCCCGUACAUAUUGCCCUUUGAGUAGAACAGGAUAUAUGGGGUCCUUUUCACUAGCCUUCUUACCCAGAAAGGUGUUGCUGGCCUCUUGUUAUAUUGUGUCUCCUUACCCUGGACUUUCUACCUCUACAGUGUUGGGGAUGAGAAUCCAUGGCUCUGAACCGGAACUGUCAGAAACAGGUUUAGUCAUGGGCUGUCUCUGCUGUUGCAUGCAGCCACCAACUAGUAGAGAGGUUUUGUGUUCUGCUUUGGUUCUGUAGAGUUGAGAUCUCAAAGACCAGGGAGACAGUUAAAUGCUUGAGGGAGGAUCUGGACAUUGAAUCUGUGAAGUCCGGGAUAUGGAAGGAAGGAAGCAUAGUUGGUUUUUAACACAGUGACUUAUGUAGGAACUGGUCCGUGUCUGCACUGCUGUUGACAUUGGUGAAGGGGGUGCUGUUGCUUACAGCAAAGUGGGUACACUUGAUAGUGUGGGCCUCAGAUGCACCAAUGUAAGCUUUAUAGUCUCUGCUUUGACCUCUUUCCUCGCCCACAUCUGCUUCUUUGAAUACAAGCUGUGCGGCCUCAGCUCUGGAUACCAUGUCACCUCAUCUCUCACCUGCUAGACAGCUGGAGCACUGAAGGCAGCUUUUGCUGUGAGCUUAAAACUAUUGCUCUCAUGUGAGACCAACCAUUCCUGGGGUUGCUGGGAACAAGAGUGGGUGUAUCAUGGUUUCUAGGGUUCCUGCCUGCCUGCCACCGCGCAAUCAUGGUAAAAGCUGUGGUUUAAAGGCCAUUGGCCUUCCAACCUUUCCAAGUUCAUGAGAAUAGAAGCUGUGGGGAAUGAGAACUCAGGUAAGCUCCUGUCCCACCAGGGUGGUUUAGUGGAUCACUCUUGCAGGGUUAGUCCCCACCUAUUCAGCUGAAUCAUGCUGAAUUGCAACCAUCACUGCAGACCUACCUGCCUGUGAGGAACUAAUGUGCAGCCUAAGGGGAA